AUGGUAGGUGCUUUUCAUGGGCAUGCUCAUAACCGACACUGCCAAUUGGACUGGCACCCAAUGUAUAUUGAUGGCACUGGCCAUACGGAGGGCAAGGGGUGCGAGCAUGUGUUUGUGUCUUCAAAUGAACUUGCACAAAGCACAAGGCAUGCAUCUGCAUUCCACCAACACCAGACCAUUGAAGAACAUUUCGCAUUCUGGGACGAUGACAAAUAUGCUGCAUUAACACUAACGUCAAUUGAGACCCUUACAGCUGAACUAUCCAUUUUGAAAGACACUCUUGGCUUAACCAAUGUGGAUCUUAUUCAAUUUCACUCCCAAGAAAGGUUGUAUCUUGACAACCUGAAGGAACCACCUCUGAAAGAAAUUCUUCACAUUCACUAUGUUCAAGUCCUAUGUGAAUUGGCUGAGCAAAGAUCCGAGUGGGAUUUGGCACAUGAAGCUGCAAAUCAAGUGCUGACCACUAUUGCAGCCAGUGAUCUCAGCCAAAUAUUGGCUGCUCUGUCUCAGGCCAGGAUUUGCAUUGAUAGUGGGUAUGCUAAACUACAGAACACAGAAGCCUUAACUGCACAUAUGGAGAUUCAACUUGGAAUUGAAGAAUGCUGGGAGAUCGGGGGUGACACUUAUAAUCAAUAUGAACAGGAAGCAUCUCAGCAUCAAUAUCGCACUGCUUUAGAUGAUUUAGAAUGGCUGGUUGUCAUGCAUUUGUUCAAGCUCUCAAAACUUUCACUUUCAGGAAUGGGUGUGCAUUUGACCUUUCACUUACUUGUGUGGAGAUACUGA